UCACCGGGUGACGGUUACUGCGCGUGCUCUAGUCUCAUCACAGAAUGACAGCAGCAGGACGGAUAAUUGUGCGCUCCUGGUGACUCUCUAUUGAACCGGACUGGGAGUCUGCAGAGUCCGAAGAUGCACUUUAGGGUCUAAUUUUGGACUUCAUUUAGCAGUGUACCAGUGAUGAAUAUCUGUCCCAGACGCAUGGAAAACAACUUCCCUUUAUGUAUUUGUAUGCUGCACGUUUAUGAAUACGAUCCAAUCUAAACUGAGCGACUGACAAACUUGUAUCUUUGCCUCAUCAAGGGAGUUCACGCAGAAAUGGCUCCGUGGAUCUGAUCUUUAUGACAGAACAGGGCAGCGCAACAGGACGCAGUUCAUCGCAUCUGCUUCAUCACAAUAGCGAGUAUUUAACGCUUCGUUGCCGUUAUGAUGUGACUCGUUAGUGAAACUGAAGCUGCUCAGGUGAGAAGCAUCGGCAUCUCCGCUCCCUGUCACCUGAGAUGGCCAUCAACAUCACCGGCUCCAUGCGUGAUUCAGAUGGUUUGUCCGUCCUGGAGCAGCUGGGUCUGGACCAGAACUCAGAUUUCUCAGACUCCAGCGUGCAGCAGCGGUUGGACGAGCAGCGCGAGAGGAUCCGGAGGGAGAUCCGGAAAGAGCUGAAGAUAAAAGCGGGUGCAGAAAACCUGCGGCGGGCCACAACUGACAAACGUAAUGCCCAUCAGGUGGAGAGCCAAUUACGCAGCUCCAGCCGCAAGCUGGACUCGCUCCACACUCAGCUGCAAGAGCUGGACGCCCACAUCGUGAUCAAGGGUCACGAUGACAGCAAAGAUGACCUUCAGACUGUCGGAAUACCAAGUCGCUCCUCAGCCAAUCAGGACAGGAUUAAGGCUUUGGAGCGACAGCUCAACAUCGAACUGAAGGUCAAACAGGGGGCAGAGAACAUGAUCCCCAUCUAUGCCAAUGGGGUUACCAAGGAUAAGAAGCUGCUUCAGUCGGCUCAGCAGAUGCUGCAGGACAGUAAGACGAAAAUCGACAUCAUCCGUAUGCAGAUCCGUAAAGCCAUGCAGGCCACCGAACACAUAGACGACACACAAGCAGGUAAGCCGGAUCUGUGCGGGAUGGAGCUGCGUAUCGAGGAGCUCUGGCAUCAUUACCGCGUGGAGCACGCCAUGGCCGAGGGCGCCAAAAACAUGAUGAGACUUCUAGGAGCUGGAAAAGCACAGGACAAGAAAGCCAUCGCUGAGGCUCAGAGUCGUCUGAGUGAAGCGUCCCAGCGGUUGGAUCUUCUGCGAGUGUCGUUGGAGCAGCGGUUGGUGGAUCUACCAGAAGAACAUCCGAAAGUGUGUCUGAUUAAAGAGGAGUUGGUGCUGGCGUCGUCCUCGGCCUUCAGCUCCCGUCACAGCGCCCCCUACGUCCACAAUCAGUACAGCACCCUCAGCAAACCCUCGCCGCUCACCGGGACGCUGCAGGUGCGUCUGCUGGGGUGUAUGGGGCUGCUGGAGGUCGUCCCGGGUCGCAAUCGUACGUCUCCUGUCGCCCUGCCUCACUUCAGUCCAGGAGACGGACGACCGUUCAAACUCACUCUGAGCAGCAGAAGCACCAGCUUCAGCCUGAAGAGUCCCAACAAGUGCGAAGAUCUGUCCUCGGAGGUGAGCGCUGUGUUGAAGCUGGAGAACUGUGUGGUGGGUCAGACGUGUUGGAAAGGUGUUGGUGAACAGACGUGGAAUCAGAGCUUCACUUUGGAGCUGGAGAGAUCCAGAGAGAUGGAGAUCGCGGUGUACUGGAGGGACUAUCGCUCGCUCUGCGCUCUGAAGUAUCUGAAGCUGGAGGACUUUCUGGACAAUCAGAGACACCGAAUACAGCUGGAGAUGGAACCGCAGGGACUGCUGCUGGCCGAGGUGAUGUUCAUCAACCCUGUGAUAGAGAGAGGCCCACGUCUACAGCGCCAGAGGAAGGUGUUUUCUAAACAGCAGGGGAAAGCAUUCCUGCGCGCUAAACAGCUGAACGUUGACAUGGCGACGUGGGUUCGUCUGCUGAAGAACGCCAUUCCCAUGAGCUCAUCCACACACAGCUACACACAACACACCAGCACACACAACAGCAGCGAGAUUUCCAUUCAGAAGAUUCAACUGGAUGACGACUCUCCUCCGUCUGUGACGAGGAGAAACACACAGACGUCUGAAACGGGGGACAUUGGCCCAGCGAUGGAGCCAGCCUCUCUUCCUGAUCCUGCUCCUCCUGAGAGGGCUGUCAGGAUCAGUUCCCAUAAUUCCCAGCGCAGGUCGUCCAAAGGCUCUCUGUGUCUUCAGGAUUUCCGAAUGAUCGCAGUGCUCGGCCGGGGACAUUUUGGCAAGGUACUUCUGUCUGAAUACAGACACUCAGGAAAGAUGUACGCCAUCAAAGCUCUGAAGAAAGGGGAUAUUGUGGCUCGGGACGAGGUAGAGAGUUUGAUGUGUGAGAAGCGAAUCUUCGAGACGGUGAACAGCGCGCAGCAUCCGUUCCUGGUGAACCUGUUUGCAUGUUUUCAGACGCCAGAACAUGUGUGUUUUGUCAUGGAGUACACGGCUGGCGGUGACCUGAUGAUGCACAUACACGCCGACGUCUUCUCUGAAACUCGCUCCGUGUUUUAUUCUGCCUGUGUUGUUUCGGGGCUUCAGUUUCUUCAUGAUAAUAAGAUUGUUUAUCGAGAUCUGAAGCUAGAUAACCUGCUGCUGGAUACUGAAGGUUACGUGAAAAUUGCAGACUUCGGUCUCUGUAAAGAGGGAAUGGGUCAUGGGGACAGAACCAGCACAUUUUGUGGGACUCCAGAGUUUCUUGCUCCUGAGGUUUUGACGGACACGUCCUACACAAGAGCCGUGGACUGGUGGGGUCUCGGCGUGCUUAUUUACGAGAUGCUGGUCGGAGAGUCACCAUUCCCAGGUGACGAUGAGGAGGAGGUGUUCGACAGCAUUGUAAAUGAUGAAGUACGUUACCCAAGAUUCCUUUCCACCGAGGCUAUUGGCAUCAUGAGACGGCUGCUGAGGCGCAAUCCUGAGAGACGGCUGGGCUCUGGUGAAAGAGAUGCAGAGGACAUAAAGAAACAACCGUUCUUUAGAAAUAUGGACUGGGAUGCGCUUUUGCAGCGAAAAGUUCCUCCUCCAUUUGUUCCCGCUCUGACAGGAAAAGAAGACGUCAGUAACUUCGACGCCGAGUUCACAAAUGAGGCUCCAACAUUGACACCUCCUCGCGAGCGCCGGACCCUCUCACGCAAAGACCAAGACUACUUCAGGGACUUCGACUAUGUCUCGGACUUCUGCUAGGGCACAAGGGUGCAUAUUGAAGCUGCUAGGUGUGGGAGAUGUGGACCGCUGUAACGUCCUAGCAUGGUUCUCGCACCCUAGUUCCCAUCUAGGGUGCUAAUCGUGAGGAUUCACGCACCUCCCAGUGAAACAGGGAACGCUGACAGGCUAUACGCCUCUGAUGACUGUAGAAGGUACUUCAAACAUGAAGAGAUUCAAGAAUCCAGAUAAUGUGAAGUUCUGUGGUGUAUCUGAAAGCUGGUGGCCAAGAAGUUUUCCUGUCCUAUUUGGCAGGAUUUUCAAUCAGACUUGUUCAUGACAUGACCCAAAAUCCUUAGCACCAGAUGCCCAAGUAGUCAACUGGAAUCUCAUGAAUAGAGUGCUGCAGGGAUAAUGUAUUUCUGUGGGCCAGAACCCAGAAACGAGCAUUUCAGCACUUUCAGUUCCAUCACCUUGAGGUCAUUGGGUUUUUUGAAUGGGUUUUUGGUUAAAUGCCUGAAAUAAGGUCAGUGCAUAGUAAACUCCUCGGUGUUAAAUUAACUCUGUGUUCAUAUGGGAACCACCAGCAGGUUGUUAAAAGUAACAUCAAAGCACAGUUAGAGUUAAUUAGAUAGUUAAGUGAUUAACUGAGUGAUUAUUGUUCGAUUAUUGAAGACACCUGAUGAUAACGAGCAGAAUCACUUUGUAAACACCGUUACAAAGUCCACAAACUGACAUAAAACACUGAUCACCAUACUGGUGAGUAAUAUUUUCAAUAAAACAUCAACAUCUAAACCUAUCAAUUCACAAAAAGAACUGCAGACAAAUGACAGAAAUAAAAUCAGUCUGGUUUGUAAUAAGAGAGAUUUAAUGUGUUUUCAGUUGAUUUUGUCUAAGGCUGUGGUUGGAAGUCAGUUGAACUUCUUGUCUUUCCCUUCUUCAAUAAUCAAACAACCAUCACUCAAUUAAUCACUUAAGUAUCUAAUUAACUGCUUCAGUGGUUCCCAUAUGAACUCCGAACAGUGUUAAUUUAACAGUGAUAUUUUCACUUUAUUAUGCUGCAACAUAAAAUACAUCAAUAAUACCCCCUUGUGAUUUUUUUAAAGCUUUUACUUGUCUUGAAAAAGGCAGUUGCUAACAAGUGUCUAAAAAGGACAUGAGGUUGUCGUGACAUUAAACGCCAUGUCGAAUCUCAUCUACUCGCUAGUCCGUUUUGUGUUUAUAGUCACACUCUUGCAAACUAUUCUAACCAAACUUUCAAGGAAAAUGUUUUUAAAUAAAAACUGAAAGAGUUGUAGGAAGCUUAA